AGCUGGCACUGAGGGACAUCGGGGACAUCGGGGACAGCUGGCAGGUGUGCGGGGGCCGCUGGAAGGAGCCGCGGGCGCUGCACGAGGCCGUGCUGGGGGGUGCAGCUCCGCGAGAGCCAGGCCCAGGUGGAGCUGAGAGCGCUGAGGCAGAGAGUGCUGCACCUGGAGACACAGGUACAAACUGGGAGGGACUGGGAGGGACUGGGAAUGGGCCUGAGAGUGCUGAGACAGAGAGUGCUGCACCUGGAGACACAGGUACAAACUGGGAGGGACUGGGAUGGACUGGGAGGGACUGGGAAUGGGCCUGAGAGUGCUGAGACAGAGAGUGCUGCACCUGGAGACACAGGUACAAACUGGGAGGGACUGGGAGGGACUGGGAAUGGGCCUGAGGGCGCUGAGACAGAGAGUGCUGCACCUGGAGACACAGGGGCGGAUCCAGCGGUCGGUGCUGGGCCGGGCCGAGCAGGCCUGCGCUGGCCUGCGGGAGCAGCUCCGCGCCGCGGCCGCCCAGAGCCAGGGGCUGCAGGCCCAGCUCAGCGAGAGCCACCGCAAACACGCCGAGGCUCAGUGCAAGAGCAAGGAGGAGGUGAUGGCCGUGCGGCUGCGCGAGGCCGACAGCAUGGCCGCCCUGGCCGAGAUGAGGCAGCGCGUGGCCGAGCUGGAGAUCCAGCGGGAGGAGGGGCGCCUGCAGGGCCAGCUGGAGCACUCGGACGCGGCGCAGUACAUCCGUCACCUGCAGGGCCACAUCCGGCAGCUCAAGGCUGAGAUCCGGCUGCUGCGGGGGCCGCUGUCCUUCGGCGCGGUGGCCUUGGGGACACGCCUGGGGGACGAGGACUCGCUGGGCUCCUCAGACGAGGAGCUGCCACCGCCCUUCGCCCUGACCCCAGGGGACAUCGGGGACAUCGGGGACACCGGGGACAGCAGCGACAGCGAGCCCGAGGUGCCACCAGCAGCACCGUGA